AUCAAACGUUCCUCAAAUGCAUUUGAUUCAUUGCCCAAUUGUUCAUUCCUCCAACUUGAAAUCUUACAGAUCCCAAAACAUCACUAACUCUGCGGGUUCACAAGGUCGUCAACCGCGCCUGAAAAAAUGGCCAACGAGUCGACCCCGUUGAUCCAGACAGUGCGAGUUGGGCCUCCGCGUCGGAGAUACCAUCACAACACAUGUCGCCGCUUCUGCACAAUUGCCUGCGUCAGCCUGCUACUCUGCGGCUUUGCCUCCUUUGCCCUUCACGCUCUGUACAUUUGGCCUUCUGGACUGGAGCAUCGCCACCGUCAUCCGCACCACGGCCACAAGCAUAAGCACCUUACGCACGAAGAUCUGCAAGCCAUCCUGCUCGGCACACCAUCUGGGGAAAAGGCGGAGGAAUGGAGCCGCUAUUACACCUCUGGAGCACACCUUGCUGGUAAAAACUAUUCACAGGCCGAAUGGACCAAGGAUAGGUGGGAGGAAUGGGGCGUCAGCUCCAGCAUAGUCGCCUACGACGUCUACAUCAACUACCCCGUUGACCACAGUGUCUCAUUGCUACAAAAGUCAAGCGAUGCCAAGUCCUGGAAUGUUGCAUUCAAGGCAUCUCUGACGGAAGAUGUGCUUGAAGAAGACCCAACCACAUCUUCCAAGGACAAAAUCCCGACUUUCCACGGUUACUCUGCCAGCGGCAAUGUCACUGGUUCAUUCGUCUAUGUCAACUAUGGAACGUACCAAGACUACGCGGACCUGGUUGAUGCCGGCAUCGACCUCAAGGGAAAGAUAGCCAUUGCCAAGUAUGGAGGCAUCUUCAGAGGCCUCAAGGUGAAGCGCGCCCAAGAGCUCGGCGCGAUUGGUAUCCUCAUCUACAGCGACCCAGGUGAUGAUGGUGAGAUUACCGAAGAAAACGGUUACGCUGCCUAUCCUGAGGGCCCUGCUCGCAACCCCAGUAGCGUACAGCGCGGAAGUGUUCAGUUUUUGAGCUCCCGCCCAGGUGACCCAACAACCCCUGGCUACCCUUCCAAACCCGGCGUUCCUCGUGCUCCAGCUGAUGAGACGACUCCAUCAAUCCCUUCCAUCCCCAUCUCAUACGCCGAUGCCAUUCCGCUUCUCAAGGCUCUCAACGGCCAUGGUCCUCGAGCCAGCGACCUAAACAAGUGGUGGAACAGGAACCUCGGUUUGGGAUACAAGGGCGUCGAAUACAACAUUGGUCCCUCACCCGAAGAUGUCGUCAUUAACCUCAACAACGAGCAAGACUAUGUCACUACCCCUCAAUGGGAUGUCAUUGGCAUCAUCAAUGGCACUAUUCCCAACGAAGUCAUCAUUGUCGGCAACCACAGAGACGCUUGGAUUGUCGGCGGUGCCUCUGACCCCAACAGUGGUUCGGCUGUUCUGAAUGAAGCUGUUCGAAGUAUUGGAAAGGCUUUGGAAGCAGGCUGGAAGCCUCUUCGAACCAUUGUCUUCGCUAGCUGGGAUGGAGAGGAGUAUGGUCUAGUUGGAAGCACGGAGUGGGUUGAGGAAUAUCUUCCCUGGAUUUCUGACGCCAACGUGGCAUACGUCAACGUUGAUGGCGGCGCCUCUGGACCGCGAUUCUCUGCUUCAGCAGCACCCCUUCUGAACCAAGUUCUUCGAGAUGCGACAAAUUUGGUUCCAUCACCCGACCAGACUGUUCCGGGCCAGAGUGUGGGAGACGUUUGGGAUGGUAAGAUUAGCACAAUGGGCUCUGGAAGCGACUUUACUGCCUUCCAGGAUUAUGCCGGCAUCCCCAGUGUUGAUUUAGGAUUCGGUGGAAACGGCAGUGGCCCUGUGUACCAUUACCACAGCAACUACGACAGCUUCCACUGGAUGAGCGAGUUUGCCGACCCAGGCUUCGUCUACCACAGAACUAUGGCCCAGGUCCUAGGCAUACUGAUUAGCGAGCUUUCCGAUAAAGUCAUCAUUCCAUUUGGAGCGACUGAAUACGCAGACGCUCUGGAUGGCUAUCUCGACAAGGUUGAAGCCAAGAUCCAAUCUACUGAUGUCGAAUUGACCGCCACCGAUGCCGAAAUCUUCGCAGUCAGAGGCAGUGCUACAUCUGAGGAUGUGAUUGGAAGCCAAGACGCCUUCGAAGAAAGCCUGAAAAAGAUCAGACGGUCAAUUGCCGAAUUCAGAGAAAAGGCAGUCAAGCUGGAUGAACGGGCCGCCUGGGCAAAGAAGCGGCUCGAGAAGGGUUUCCCAUGGUGGAACGUCAUUGGCAAGACCAGACUUGCCUUUGCAAUCAUCAAGACUAACCGCCAAUACAAGUAUAUUGAGCGACAGUUUGUGUUCGAGGGAGGUCUCGACAACCGCAGUUGGUUCAAGCAUGUUGUGUUUGCUCCAGGCCUGUGGACUGGCUAUGCCGGUGCUGUGUAUCCCGGCCUUGUGGAAAGCAUUGACGCCAAGAACUACAGCAACGGACUCAAGUGGGCCGACAUCAUCAAGCACGCCGUUGACAAGGCCACGAAGAGCAUUCAGUAAAGAUGUCUCAUUUUUUGAAAGAAUAGAGGCGAAAUCGAUCCUCAUAGUAUACGAGGAAUGGACACCGUAUGGUGUGAAUAUUGUCCAUAUUGUGUAUAAUAUUACUAUUGUUGUACCAAGAAGAGUAGUGUUGUUUGCGACUGCGAAUUUUCUUCCAACUGAAAUUAUUUCCUAAUUUUCAACUUCAGACUCUUUGUGAGAAGUGGACAUCUCUCCUUUACGAACGUGAUGGUCGAUUGGAUAUCGCGAUACUCGUGAGAGAGUAUGAACCGAAAUUCUAUGCGGCUCAGCAUUGUGUAGAAUCCCUAAUUAAGGUUAAACUAUAAUCCCC